UUGAUCUCUAUUAUGGUGUGCCCCCCCAGUCGGAAAGUAGUUCCCGCGCCCCUGCGAAGAAGUCAGACUUCUGGUCUUCUUCGCCAGGUCGGAUACGCGGCCGAUAUAAUUUUGGAUGUUCAGGGUUGGCGCAGGACUGCUGCUUUUCAGGGCGCAGUUGCUGAGGUAUAGGCGGAUGCCGCACCACUCGGUUGUCGUGUCCGCCAUGGCCAGGAGGCGGUCUAGCCUGUCAAAGUUGAGACCUGUGCGGACGUAAAUCGCUACGUCGUCGUCCCCCCCCCCCCCUGGCCUGGCCUGAGUUUUUCCGCCCCCGUGCCCUUCGGCGGACGGCCGCCGUCUGGAAUCCGGGGAUCUCGGUGAGAGAUGAACCGCUGAACUGGGCCUCUUGAACCGCGAUGCCGUCAAUAUUCGACUCCGAUACCCAGCCUUGGAGCUCCGUCAGCUUGCGACGUAGUCCCUCGGCGUUCCAGCAGGCGAUCUGCAGGCGGCUUCGAGUCUUGAGGUUGGUGUAGUAUCGACGGUUCUUGGCUCUCCUGCUUCGACCCCGGGAGCUCCUUCCGGCGGGCGCUGCCGCACCCCCGCCGCCGGCACUAGCGGUGGGUGGCGCCGACUCACUCAUUCACCGCAGGCCGGCGCCGCUGCGGACAGCCUCCAGGCGGCAUGUCCUCGCUCGGCACCGGCCCGCUGAGCGUGCACCAGGUGGGCAGGUCGUCGUGCAGAUGGUGUAGAGACUAUGGCGCCGUGGAGUGUCGGCCGCCGGUGCCCGGCCCCGAGAGGGCGGGCUGGGACCCGAUUGGCUUCCUCGCCGCUCUCCACGGCGGGGGCGGGGACGAACCCCACGGAGUCCACCCCGUGAAAGUUGGUCCCUCCAGACUCCUGCACGGAGCUCGUUAUGAUUGCCAUAAACAUAUCAAUAAAAUGUGGGCAUUCACUGUUCAUCAUAUCCCAGGCGCACGCCGCUCCCCGUGCCUGACUGCCCCUGGGGUCGGCUGGGUGCCGGCCUCGUCCAGCCCCCAGCGCAGCACCCGCUGACCUCGGCUCCAACGGCCGUAAACGGGACCGCGCAUGGCGAGGGGCGCGGCUCCGCUCAAGGAUGUCUGGUACGGCGAGUCCUGGGGCGCGCUGAACCGCUGCGCUGACCGUGAGAUGAGGAGGUCGGACCACGCCGCCGCCCCUGCCGUCACCUGCCCAGUCCUGGGUUCGCUCCGAUGGUCUGCUCGGUGUCCGCGGCGAGGCCGGGCGGGGGCCGGAUCGACCUCGGCGCCGCGGCCUUGGCGUCAGGUGAGCGCGGGGGCUCGGCCGUGACGUCAGCGGCGGCCGGCGCGCUGAUUGGCUCCCGGCGGGGGUGUGAGCGGCCGCCGCGCUGACGCAAGGACCCGUAUGUGGGAGUCACUGUCGGUGGGACAGGCCCUGCGUGCGCUCUGCCACCUCUGGGAGAACGUCUUCGCCGGAGUCGCACAGACAGCGCGGACGCAGCCCGACGUCUCUGAGGUCUUCGAGGAUCGGAGGAUCGACCGUCGCGCCGAGAUCCGGCUCGAGACGCGGUAGCAGCCCAGUCUUUGGUGGACUGUAGCGUCAGCAGCAGGAGCAGCAGUACCUACCUUCACAGCAGCCAUGGCUCAGCAGGGCACCCCGCGCACGGGCGUGCCGCACGCCCACAACAGCAUGGUGGAGCGACUGCUGGUGGCCGGCACGUCGGCCUGCAUCGCAGACGCCAUGACGUUCCCGCUGGACACGGCCAAAGUCAGACUGCAGGUGCAAGGCGAAACGUCUGGCUUCCUGCUGCGGGUCAGUCUGUUCUACGAGGAGGCCGUGAUAUCGAGCGCCGCGCCGCCCAAAUACCAGGGCAUGCUGGGGACCAUCAAAACGAUCGCCACGGAGGAGGGACCCAGGGGGCUGUACAAAGGUCUGGCGCCCGGACUGCAGCGACAAAUGUGCUUCUCGGCUAUCAAACUCGGCAUGUACGACACAUUCAAGGAGUUCUACCACUCCUUCAUCGGAAGUCCCAGCCAGAACUACGUCAACAUCCCCACGCGCGUGAUGGCCGGCAUGACUACCGGAGCGCUGGCAGUCAUGGUGGCGCAACCCACCGACGUCGUCAAGGUCAGGAUGCAAGCCCAGAGCCAGUCCAAGGGCCCUCCGCGAUACAAGAGCUCGUUGCAAGCCUACCGAACAAUCUUCAAAACAGAGGGAACCAAGGGCCUCUGGAAAGGGUUCACGCCGAACGUGAUGCGUAACGCGAUCGUGAACGUGGCAGAGACGGUGUGUUACGACGUGACCAAGGACACGCUGCUGUACUACCACCUGCUGCAGAACGGCAUCCCGCUGCACUUCAGCGCCGCCGCCGUGGCAGGUCUGUGCGCCACGGUGGUGGCCUCGCCGGUGGACGUGAUUAAGACGCGCUACAUGAACGCCCAGCCGGGCGAGUACAGGGGCGCCGUGGACGCCGCCGUGCGCAUGUUCAUGCAAGAGGGACCCGGAGCCUUUUACAAGGGGUUCCUGCCGUCGUUCUGCCGCCUGGUCAGCUGGAACAUCUGCAUGUGGCUCACUUACGAGCAGAUCAAGGAGCUGGCGCGCCGGCACCACGAACAGUAGGUCAUGCUAUUCCUGUGCAAUCGACAGGUAUGCUAUCCGCGCCCGGUAUCGGGGGCUGUAUGUCGCAGAGCCGCCGGUCGACAGACGUGCGGCCCACACGCCGCCAUCACGAACAGUAGGUCGCAGCGCCGUCACUCGACAAUGAUGGGAACCGCGCCCGGCAUCGGGAGCAGCCGCGGGAGUUUCAGAGCCGCCGGUCGGCUCUACUCUCGGUAGACGUGCGAUCCGUGCCCGCCGCCACGAACAGUAGGUCGCAGAGCCGCCUGCGCUUGACAGGGGCACUCCUGGCGUCAGAAGCCGCGGCCGCGACACCUACGUGUCGGGAUGGAGGUGGCGACUGUCCCUGCUCACCGGUGGAGCUGAGGGCGCCACUGUGGCUGGACCGGCUCAAUAGGGAAGUCGCGCGGGGCAAUAAGGCUGUCCCAGCUCUGUGACGGAGUUGAGGGAGGCACUGUGACCGGAUACUCUGUAAGGAAUGCUGUGCCGGUCCGGACGGAACUGAGGGAGCCACUGCGGGCGCCACACGACUCACUGGUGGAGCACUGUGACCGUAACCGGUCUGUGAGGGAUCUGUUUGAGCCACCGUGGCCGCUACGGCUCACUGGAGACUCGGCGCCCGCCCCAGCUCGUCGAUUCAGUGAUCGGAGCUGUGGAUCAUGUGAUGUUGAGAUACUAUCUACAGUGCGCGGUUUUACGUGUACUGAAAGUAAAGCCCGUCUUCUGUGGUGCCAGAUUGGCUGCCCAGGCAUAGAAUGAUGCGAAAUGCUAUUAUAGAUCUGACAUGACGAUUGACGAUAUCAGGAACUGCGUGUUAUCUGUCCAGCUCGACAUUGGACGAGAAAUGUGUCUUAUUUUAGGUAGGUAGAAGAGUAUCGUGAUACCUAUGAAAUGUCAACGCACACCGCUCAUAGCGCAGUGAUAAGUUUUAGAGUUGAUUUUCUCUACACCAUUAUUUUCCACACCUUAUGUCUAUCAUCUGCUCAUGAUAAGCACCAGAUCAUGAACACUAGGCAACAUGAGCGUUCACUGGAUGAGUUCGAUAAUUGUUUCAGUGCAAUAUGUGUGGUUUCCUAGCACCAUAUGUGGACUGUGAUGGCUCCUGUGGUUCUUACUUCUUACCAACCACGCGGCGCUUCCGAUUCGUAUCGUACCAGUAUCACCCUAGCCAGUUCCUUCCAGAGCGAGGGAACUACGCUCCCCGCUGAAUAUCGGUGUAUCCAUCCAUAUGUAUAUGACUAUGCAUUUAGCUGCAUUUCAUUCUGUUUUUGAAAACCCAAAUAUAUUUUCGUAGACGAGUGACAA